AUGGCGACGGAGUCGGAGGGGGAGGAGGACGUGGGGAGGCUGACGGGGAACCAGUACCUGGUGGUGGACGGCGACCUGCGGGAGAUGACGAAGAAGGCCGCCUGGAGCGUCAGCUCCUGCAAGCCCGGCAACGGCGUCCUCCCCCUCCGCGACGACAACCUCGAAACCUACUGGCAGUUCUGUAUCCCCCCCCCCCCUUUACUCCCCUUCUUCCACUUUGUCUUGAUUCAUAUGAUAUAUCGAUUUGUUCUUCAUCUUGAUCCCCUUAUGAAGUUCUCUCUCUGUCCACUCGUCGCCGACGUGGCCCAUCUUCCUUUUUCAUUCUGAAGAUCUUAGAUUGUCGAUGUCCUUGUUCAGGUCUGAUGGCGCCCAACCCCAUUUGGUAAAUAUACAGUUUCAGAAAAAGGUCAAGCUGCAGGUAUGUAUUCGCGCUACCUCUUCCGCUUCCCGCCGCCCUCGUCAUCCAUGUGAUCCUUGCUUCUAAACUGUCGGUAUUUGUUCCUACACUCUAUCCAGCUUCUGGUACUUUACGUGGAUUUCAAGCUCGAUGAGAGUUACACUCCGAGCAAGAUUUCCAUUCGUGCUGGGGAUGGUUUCCAUAACCUGAAGGUGGUGAUUCCUUAUUUUGCCAACGAUGUUGUGUUUUGAUAUUCAGUUUCUCCUAAACGGAGAACAACCAUAGACUCCACGGAAACGAAUUUUCUCAUCAGAUCACUCUCUGCCUCCGAACCUUUAAUGUCAAAAAGUAGUUCACUUUACUUGGUUGAUUUUGCUUGCUGAAAUCUGCACAUUCAGUUCAACCUCCUUUUAAGUAUUGCAAUCUUUGAUUGGCAGGAGGUAAAAACAGUGAAGUUAGUGAAGCCUGUUGGUUGGGUCUACAUAUCCUUAUCCGGAACAGAUCCCCGGUUUGUCCUCUUAAUCCCUGCUAUUCUUUGUGCCCUCUGUAAUUUCACCUGAUCGCAUCAUUAUCUAGUUAAAAAUAUUCGUACAGUUCGGAGUAACCCGUCGUGAUCACCAUUGUUUAUUCGCUUGCAUGGGUAUCAAUUCGUCCGGACAGAAACCUAAACUCGAGGGCACCCAUUGAUAGUAAUGGGCUCAAUAACAUAUUGUUUCACUCAGUCGUCAUAGCCUGAUGAUAUUGAUCGAAUUUUAUUUGGAAGCGAUUCAUAUUUGAGUUACUUUCUUUUUGGUUUGAGGUCAAUCAUGAUGGAAGGACUUUUAGUUACAGAGAAUGCCCAAAUAAAUACUUCUGGCAUCAGCUAAGUACUCGCUUAGAGGAUUUUUCAACAAAGAUGAAGUGACAAACUCUCCUGGACAGUGCUCGGGACCCUUCAUUCAUUGGAUCAAUCAUAGUUCUUCUUGGGAGCUCGAGAUGAUCUUUUGCCUCUCUUAUCUCGCAGCAUUUUUUCCCGUGGGAUUUAAUUUUGGAGUGGAAGAUGAGCUUCCAUGGUUUCAGUUUUAUUCAAUGGGAGAGGAGAGGGCUCCCUCUCACACGCGGCAUCCUCAAAACCUCCCAAUACCCUGCGCACAGGAGACCCAUUCCCAAUGCCCCAUAGUGGAAAAGAGAACCAGUGCCAUGAAAAUCACUUAUCCAAAGCGCUUUGUUUUUAAAGGGUUGGCCAUUGGGUGAUCCUGACCUUUGGCCAGGAUUUCCUUCUCAAGGAAUUUGUUCAUCCAUCGCUUAAUGAUUGUGACGCUUGUUUGCCGAGUCGCCGGGUGUUGGGUUCGUUUACCUUUGCGCUUUUAGUAGAUAACCCUCUUAAGCCCAAGUGGUACGAGGGAGAAACCUUCCGUUCUCAGCCACAGAGCUUAUUGCCGCCGAGUUUUCGUAGCAUUUCAGACUAACGGGUACGUGAAUUUUUCGGUGAUGACGAUGAUAAUGAGGAUAUUGCAGGGACCUAGGCUGUUUCUUAAGCUUUAAAGUGGCCAUUGGGGUUUAUUUUGCUCGUACAUGAUCGGGCCCAAAUGGGUUUUAGUUUUAUUCUGGCAUUGUGGGAUGAUCUUCAGGAGAAGAACCAGGUGGCCCGACGACUGACGGGUGGUCUUCCUCUUGUUCUUCCUACUUGUAGCGAAGCGUUCAUCCACACGUUCAUGCUGCAGCUGGCGGUCCUCUCCAACCACCUCAACGGGAGGGACACUCACAUACGGCAGAUCAAAGCCUACGGGCCCCGCCCGUUAGUCCCCUCACCUGUUUCUCCCCCCUCCCUCGUCGGCUCUUCCCUCCGCCCCAAGCUCAGGAAGACCCUUGAUUUCCCUGUUCUGUUUUCGCAGGAACCCCAUCCCCAAUCAACCGUUUCACUUCACUUCGACGGAGUUCCUCACCUACGCGGCUCUCAGAUGA